AUGGAUAUGCAGAGUAGUCGUGAUGUAGUUGCGCAAUGGAAACGACGUCUGGGAGCUGACUUCGAAGUGGUCAGUGUGGAUCUAAUACCAGAUAAAUGCGAGGACGGUGGGCUGGGCAUUUCGCUUGAGGGCACAGUGGAUAUCGUGAAUGGUACUCAGCUAUGUCCACACCACUACAUCGAUUCCCUGAGACCCCGUGGGCCUGCUGCUUCCUCCAAUGCACUCCGUUCUGGCGAUGAAUUAUUGCAAGCAAAUGAUGCGGUGCUAUAUGGGGAAUCACAUGUAACAGUAAGGCAAGCACUCAGCAAAGCAGCCUCCACUUCACAGCGAGUGAGGCUAACGGUGGCACGAAAGGCCCAAACCUUAAAUGUAUUUAUGCCAAGACCUGAGCAAAGCCUACCAGUCGCAUAUCAUUUGCUGGCUGCCACUGACGAUCGCCUCGUUAAGGUAAGUUCCUUUUCUUCAUUUAUCCUUCGAAUGUAG